AUGUCAAACGAGUGGGAGCUUCCCAGGCUUCGUGCAUCCUUCAUACUGCAGGUAUGUUGCCAAAGAAAGAAAAAACACCAUCGCGGAGGCCAGGAUUGCGGUAUUUUCUUCGACAUAAAGUUCUACCCCUACAAUCCUGCCGGUGCCAGUCCCAUCUUUGGCGCCGUGAGCAAGAAGCAUGUGGUUAUUUGUCGCCUCCCGCCUGCCAGCGAUAAGGAUCCAGUCAAUUGCGAGAUUCUGCUCAUUAUCAGAGACGGGGAUGAAGACGGAAGCAACCACGCCUGUUGCUGGUCAAGGGACCCCGAGACUGGACACCCCUGGAUCCUCGUUGCUGGUGAUGAUGCCAGGAUCAAAGUGUACGACGUGAAGGAAGGAACGCUCAUCAAGACACUUGUUGGACAUGGUGACGGAAUCAAUGACCUCGCCACAUCGCCAAUGAACCCUCUGAUUAUCGCCUCAGCUGCAGAUGACACCACGAUCCGCAUAUGGAGCCUGGCAUCUGCUCAUGCGCAGCAGCCGUGCGUUUGUCUGCUUGGCGGUGAGGGCCAUGUCUGGGACCUUUUGAGCGUUAAUUUCCACGAUUCAGGACGCUACGUCUUGUCUUCAGGACAUGACCAGGUCAUCAAUCUCUGGACUGUCCCGGAAACCUCCAACGAGCAUGUCGAGGUCCCUGCCGUCGUCCAUUACCCGCACUUUUCCACGUCAGAAGUCCACAACAACCUCGUAGACUGUGUCGCCUUCUAUGGAGAUCUCAUCCUCUCGCGAGCCUGCCACGAGGACUCGAUUGUUCUGUGGCGCAUUGAGGGCUUCUCGUCAGACGACCCGCCGCCGACUGCCGCGCAGGCGCCAACAACGUACGAUCCUAGCAAGAAGACGCGUUCGGCGUUUGGGUCCACGCUGUCGCCGGCGCAGCCCGCCCACUUCACGCGUCUGAUGACGUUCCACACGGCUGAGUGCAAGACGCAGUUCUUCCUGCGAUUCCGCAUGUUCCACGCGCCGGGCCGACACCCGGUGCUAGCCUUUUGCAACGCCAAGGCCAAGACUAUGUUCUGGGAUCUGGCGCGCUUUACGGCGUAUAACGAGUUCAUGGAAGGCCUCAAGGCGCGGCAGCGGAGCAAGACGGCGGCGGCGCUGCCCCCUGUUGAGAAGCCAGCCUGGCUGCCGGCGAAGAAGGCGCCCGCCAAGAAGCCCGACACAGCGACAACGACGCUGCGCCACGCCGCGGCCGCCGCCGAGACGGAGUCGCCCAGCCCCGACCCCGAGAACCUGACCAGCCUGGGCGGCUUCACGCAGAAGACGCUCAAUGAGUGGACAGAGAUGUAUGACACAACCAACUCGCACGGCCUGAUCAAACCCCAUAAGACAGGGUCUGUAGAUGGAGGCUUGUUUGUGGGUAGGCAGGUCGGCUGGAGCCCCGAGGGCGACUAUUGCAUCGUCGUCGGAGCCGGCAACCGCGUCCUCAUCUUUCAGCGAUGGGGCAAGGACCAGAAGGCGUCCACGCCGGGCGUUUGAGCGCGCUGGCUCUUUUCGGCUUGGCUGGUGGUCAUGUUUUUACUCGUUGGUUGAUUAGGGGAAGGUAGAUGGCGCGAAUGCGGAAAAUUGGGCGGCCGGGCGGGCACGCCCAUGUCCUUUUUUUUUUUUUUA